AUGCGGACGCACAACCCACAUGGCGCGCGAUUGCCCCACGGGCGUCAACUGCUACAAGUGUCAGAAGAUGGGCCAUUUCGCCAAGGAUUGCACAGCCGACAACCUCAGAAGUCGACGAAGACCGGUGGUGCCCGAGAUAACGGCGAGCCAGCUGCCGCCCGUGAUCUGCUCCCACUGCAAACGGAGAGGCCACGUCGCCGCCCAGUGCACAGCCGGCGAGGUCCAAGAGUUCGACGACUUCAAGGACUCGCUCGUGAUGCCAGAUCUGCUGGGCCAGACCAAGCGAAAGAAAGUCGCGGAGCCCACCGAGGAGAAGCUGGAGCUCGAGAAGGCGCAGAACAAGAAGAGGAAGGUGGUGACGACGCAGAUCCUCAUCAUCCCCAAGAACAAGAAAGGAGGCGAGGCCGCAGGUUCGCCUGCAUCGCUGGAGGGCGUCGUCACGACCAAGCAGCAGCACGAAGAAGAACGAAAACGAAAAGCGGAGGAGGUCGACAAUGGAAACGCGAAAGCGAAGGACGAGGGGGAAGACGAAAGUGGAGGAGGAGGUGGAGGGCUCUUUUCCCUCAUGGCCGACUACGGCGACAGCGAGGAGGACGAGGACGAUGGCGACGGCGAUGGCGAAGGGAGUGGAGGAGCAAACAAACAACAGGAGGAGGAAGUACCAACUUCAGUAGUGGCGGCCAGCGAAGGAACAACACGAGAAGAGGACGGGGAAGAAGAGGAGGAUGGGGAAGAAGAGGAAGACAGGGAAGAAGACACCAAAGUGGCCGCUGCUGGGGAAAAGUGUUUGGCUCAAUGAUAUGA